AUGAAAGCGGUGCGGCUCGCGGACGACGACCUCAUCCUCGAGGUCGGCGCCGAGAAGAGCCGUCCGGCCGGCGAGGUAGAGCACGAUGAGACCGCCGGUGACGAGAGUGCUAGCGGCGCCGCCGGGCGUCAAACCUUCAGCUUCAGCCAGGCUUACAAGAUGAGGCACCGCGAACCUAUGGUGUUCACGAAGUUGCAGACGAUGCUGCUGGCGUACCAGUCCCUCGGCAUCGUCUACGGCGACCUUGGCACGUCGCCGCUGUACGUGUUCUCGUCCCUGGUCCUGCCGGGCGCCGGCGAGCCGGACUUCCUGGGCGUGCUCAGUCUCAUCCUCUGGACGCUCACCGUGAUGAGCCUCGUCAAGUACGUGCUCAUCGUCCUCCGCGCCGACGACCACGGCGAGGGCGGCACGUUCGCGCUCUACUCGCUCCUGCGCCAGCACGUGAACUUCAAGGGCGACAUGCCGGUGCCCGUCACGCGGCAUGCCUCCGACGCCGGCCUCAGGUUCCACGGCGAGAGGAGCGGGUCGCCGUCCAGGCUGCACCGGUGGCUCGAGGGCAGCUCGCUGCUGCAAGCCACUGUCACCUGCUUCGUGCUGUUUGGGACCUGCAUGAUGAUUGGCGAUGGGGCUCUCACUCCAGCCAUCUCAGUUCUUUCGGCCGUCCAAGGAAUUCAAUCGAGGUCUCCCAACAUCAAACAAGAGCAUGUUGUCAUAUUGAGCGUGGUGAUUCUGCUCCUGCUGUUCCUCGUCCAGCGAUUUGGCACGAACAAAGUGAGCGCCUCGUUCUCCCCAAUCAUGCUCGUGUGGUUUGGAUCCAUCGCCGUGAUCGGGGUGUACAACAUAGCGAAGUACUAUCCACCUGUUCUGAAAGCUGUAUCACCGCAUUACAUAUACUACUACUUCGCCAGGAACAAAAAGGUCGGCUGGGAGCAACUUGGAGCCAUCAUCCUGUGCAUCACAGGUGCUGAAGCUAUGUUUGCUGACUUGGGUCACUUCAACAAGUCAUCAAUCCAGGUGGCGUUUUCGACUGUAGUUUACCCAUCCCUGAUCCUCGCGUACUCCGGGCAAGCAGCAUACCUGAUCAAGCACCCCUCCGAGCUGAGCACAACGUUCUACAGCAGCAUCCCGGGGCCUCUGUUCUGGCCGAUGUUCGUGGUCGCCACUCUGGCCGCCAUUGUUGCGAGCCAGGCGCUGAUAUCCGCCAGCUUCUCCAUCAUCCGUCAGUCCAUGGCUCUUGGCUGCUUCCCUCGCGUCACCAUUCGGCACACCUCGGAGGAGUACGAAGGGCAGGUCUACUGCCCGGAGAUCAACUUCUUCCUGAUGGUCGUGUGCAUCGUGAUCACUGUUGGGUUCGGUGGCGGACCCGAGAUCGGCCGCGCCUUUGGUGUUGCAGUGAUCUUUGUCAUGCUCAUCACCACUAGUCUGAUGGCGAUAGUCAUGGAUGUCAUCUGGCGCGUGAACGCCGUAUGGAUCGCUACGUUCGCCGUGGCCUUCAUCUCCAUCGAAGGCGUGUACGGGAGCGCGCUGAUGAACAAGUUCCGGGAGGGCGGCUGGGUGCCGUUCGCCAUCGCGGCGCUGCUGUUGGUGCCCACGCUGUCGUGGACGUACGGGCGCAAGCUCAAGGCCGGGUACGAGGCGCGCCACGCCCUGGACGCCGCGGAGCUCGGCGCGCUGGCGACCCGCGCGAGGGCCCGGCGCGCGCCGGGCGCCUGCGUCUUCCUCACCGACCUGGUCAACGGCUUCCCGCCGAUCGUGCGCCGCUACGCCGAGCACACGGCGUGCCUCCGCGAGCUCACGCUCUUCGUCACCGUGCGGGAGCUGCCGGUGCGGUCGGUGCUCCCCGAGGAGAGGUUCCUCGUCGCCAAGGAGCUGGGGCCCGCGGGGGUGUACCGCUGCGUCGUGCGGUACGGGUACAUGGACAAGUACGACCUCGUCGGCGACGGCUUCGUCGCGUCCGCCGUUGCCGCGCUCAAGGGCGCCGCCGAGAGCGCCGAGGAGGCCGAGGCGAUGGACUCGGCUCUCGGGGAUGGGUACGUGGUCGUGUUUGGGAGGACGAUCCUGCACAUGGGCGGCGAGCACAACUGUUUCAAGCGGUUCGUGAUCAAUCACCUCUACAGGUUCCUGCAGAAGAACUUCAGGUCCAGCGUCUCCAUGCUCAAAAUUGACCAUGCCAAGACCUUGCAGAUUGGAAUGCUCUACGAGAUUUAA